CCCAUGUCAGCCUUCCCAAACUGGGCGCUUGUUGUCUGUCCCACCAAAGAAAGGAGCAGCUUUACGUUAUUCAAAGUCAGGAACAUUCACCUUUACACUCCUCUACUGAGCUGUACCUUUACUCUGUGUGGUUAUAAAACCGCUUGGCCACGUGCUGCUCAGUCGGCCAAAACGUCCUCAGAGGUCUGUUUACCACAUGGGCUAUUUGAAUGUGUGAUAGCUGUCACCUUGUUACAAUCACAUUUAGGCUGAUGAACGAUGCCUUCUGAUUGACAUCAACAGCAGUGACUCCAUCAUGAACAGCGAGGAAGAGUUCUAUGAUGCUGAGACAGGUUUGGAAUCGGACGACUCGUGUGAAGUCAGCUUUAAAGAUGCCUGCGUCAAGCAUACGGUAAACGGCAAAGUGCCGUCUGAGAAUGGAGUUUGGGAGAGACGAACUACUCUCCCAGCGCCCAUGUACUCUAGAAAUGACUUCAGUAUAUGGGGAUUUCUGAAGAAAUGCAUUGGAAUGGAGCUGUCGAAGAUAACAAUGCCUAUUGUUUUCAACGAACCGCUGAGCUUCUUGCAAAGAAUUACAGAAUACAUGGAACAUACAUACCUCAUCCAUAAAGCUUGUACACAUUCGGACUCUAUUGAGCGUAUGCAGCUCGUUGCCGCGUUCGCCGUUUCUGCUGUUGCAUCGCAAUGGGACAGAACUGGGAAACCUUUUAACCCUUUGUUAGGAGAGACUUACGAGCUCACGAGAGAGGAUGUAGGUUACCGAAUGAUCUCAGAACAGGUCAGCCACCAUCCACCAAUCAGUGCCUUCUAUGCGGAGUCACUGAAUCAGGACUUCUCGUUUCAUGGCUCUAUCUACCCUAAACUGAAAUUCUGGGGGAAAAGUGUGGAGGCGGAGCCGAAAGGCACUAUGACCCUCGAACUGUCCAAGCACAAAGAAGCAUACACGUGGACAAAUCCUAUGUGCUGUGUGCAUAAUGUUAUACUGGGUAAACUGUGGAUCGAGCAGUAUGGAACAGUGGAGAUAGUUAACCACAGCACUGGGGAUAAGUGUGUGCUGAAUUUUAAGCCAUGCGGCAUGUUUGGCAAGGAGCUACACAGAGUAGAGGGACAUAUCCAGGACAAGAGUAAAAAGAAGCGUCUGGUUAUCUACGGGAAGUGGACUGAGUGCAUGUACAGCAUUGACCCAAAAGUGUAUGAAGCCAAUAAGAAAGCAGAGAAGAAAAGUGGAGGAGAUUCUAGGAAACAUAAGCAGGAGCAAAGUACAGGCGGUGAUGAUGCAGAUGAGAUGCCAGAUAUCCAGGAGACGGUCGCUAUGAUCCCAGGCAGCACAUUACUGUGGAGAAUUGCUCCUCGACCUCCAAACUCCACACAGAUGUAUAAUUUUACCAACUUUGCCAUGGCACUAAAUGAGCUGGAGCCCGGCAUGGCUGGAGUCAUAGCGCCAACAGACUGUCGUCUGCGACCGGACAUCAGAGCUAUGGAGAAUGGUGAUAUAGACACUGCAAGUCAAGAGAAGGAGAGACUGGAGGAGAAGCAGAGAGCUGCCAGAAGAGAACGUGCUAAAGAUGAAGAAGAGUGGUCCACAAGAUGGUUUCAGCAAGGCAAUAAUCCUUAUACCGGAGCUGCAGACUGGAUCUACAAGGGUGGUUACUUUGACAGGAGGUACUCUGAUCUUCCAGACAUCUACUGAUUUGGUUGGAGCACUUGACCCAUAUCAUUUCCUCUCUCUCUCUUAUAAGCUCCCUUCAUAUUUCACAUUUUAUCUUUUUGUUUGGCGGAACGAGAGAUUCAAACUAAUGUUUAUCGGACAAAGCCUCUCCACACUUUUACUGUCCACUAGAAUGUAAAUUCGGUGUUCGUGAAAAUGUAUUUAUUUAUUGCAAAAAGUAGGGAAUGCCUUACGAAGUAAUUCAUGUUUGUUUUUUCAUUUCAAUUUACGUUACAGCUAUUACGUGCAAACCUCAAUAUGUAUGUAGAUAAUUUUAGUUGUUAGUUUAUAUGCAUAAGUACUUACCUUUCCGUGCGUCUCUUGCCUAGUUACACUCAGGUGUUUAUUUUAUUGGUACAAGCGCUGCAGUGCCGCCUGUAUCAAAUUCUGUCUGAUUGUUGAACUGCAAAGCUGCUCAAGACAUAUUAGGAGAUUAUCAUUGUGUUUUUGGUCAGAUAGUGCCGGGCAAAGAUUAAUCGCGAUUAAUCGCAUACAAAAUAAAAGUGAUUUUGGGCAUAAUAUAUGAGUGUGUGCUGUGUGUAAUCAUUAUGUAUAUAUAAAUACACACACAUUCAUGUAUGCAUUUAAGAACCAUUUACAUGUGUUUAUAUAUUUAUUUAUAUUUUAUAUAUUCUAUAUAAAUAAAAUAAAAAAAACAUAAUAUUUAUACACAGCACAAACUUGUAUAUUAUGCCAAAAAUCACUUUUAUUUUGUAUGUGAUUAAUUGCAUUUAAUCUUUGCCCAGCACUAAUUAAACUCAUCUCGAUUAUAUAAUUUUUUUGUAAUGUGACCUCUGUUAUGGUAGGCAGGAUGUGCACAUAUGUCAUAUAUGAUAAUCUGCCAAUCAGCAGGUGAUUUUAAGUACCUAAUAAGGAAAUUGAGCAGGUUUUCUUAGUCAUCCCAUCUAUAACUAUAACGUCUCAUUAAUACGGCUCUCAUCUUUAUGGUGAGUUUAUAAAAACAAAAAUUCUCAUUCCUCACUCAUUGAAAAUAUUUUAGUUUUUCGACAAGCAAAAAUUAAAGCUGCUUAUGAAAAAAUGUUUACUUGGUUUAAAAAUAGAUGUUUUUUAUUCUAGAAAUAACUUUCUAAUACAACCUGACACCAACAUUUUAUUUUGUUUAUGGUUGCCAAAGCGACUUGUAGAAACUAAAGCCAUAUAACUUAUCAGGAAGUGUAAUUGAAUGAAACAGAGAUGGGUGCUAAUCCUUUACUUUUGUUUCUAAACUAACUACUCACACAUAUCAGGGUGGUUUAGCUUAGUCCUCAUAUAUAUACAUGCAUACCAAAAAUGCUCAGUUUAGUACAGUACAUGCGUUGUUGUUUUUCUUCUUCAAACAUGCUAAUCGAAGACAAGAGUUGACCUCAGUGAAUUGCAAAGACAUCUUUGUCUUUUGUUUCAAAACUUUAAAUGAUACUGUGAUUUUAAACACACACAAAUCUCAGAAGCUAUGCAAAGGAUGUCUGUCUGUCUGUGAAUUGUAUUGUGUCAAUGAGCGCCACUGUUUAUGUAAAAUACUUUGGGCAAAGGUGUAAAGCAUGUUAGUAUGUUUGCAUCAGAUAUUUGGGAUGAAUGCAGUAAGAAAUAACAUUAUCUUAUUAGAAAUGUUUAUUGAUCAUCAUCUAUUGUGUAGCACAAGAGUAUUUAACUUUACUAAGUAGUGUUUCAUGUAGUGCAUACAAUUCCAAAAGCCAAGCUUUGGGCCAUGUCAUACUUUAUAUAGCUUAGUUAGCUUCAAAUUAUUUUAUACAAUAUAUUGUGGCAUGUCUAAACAAGCUAAUCUUAUUAUUAAUGCUUAAUUUUCUAGAAAUAUUUAAA